GCCCAUGUCUCUGCUUUUUAGUCUAACGCUAUUUGACACGGAGGAAUUUAUACGACGUCGCUGGCUUCCACUGUUCACAUUUUCCAUUACCAGAUCCGUCUCUUCAUUGCCAUCGCCGUCAGCUGCCUCUGCAAAAGCUCUCUAAUUAUCACUACUUAUGGCUACUUUAGCAGUGGCUGCAGCUCGUCAAGCCGCUACUCUCUCCCGACUUUCUUCUCCCAAAACAUCCGCUCAAGCUGCCUCCCUCAUCCACCGCCGUGGCCUAGCCGGCGCAGCUGAUCAUCAUGGACCUCCAAAGGUUAAUUUUUGGCAAGACCCAAUGAACCCAUCUAAGUGGAAGGAAGAGCACUUUGUAAUUGUCUCUUUAUCUGGCUGGGGUCUACUCUUCUUUGGUGGAUACAAGUUCUUUACGAGAGGCAAAGGCAAGAAGGAAGAGAAACUGAUAGAAGCAGCAAACUGAGGUUUGGUGCUUUCAGUCAUUCCUCAAAUUCCUGGUAAUAAUGUGUCGUGGAUUUUAAUUUCAUUGUUCGCAGAUUAUUCUGCCAACCAGUUUGUGUUCUGUUUUAUUGGAGAAUGAUGACUGAUUGAACGUAAAAUCUACGUGCUUUUUUGGAAGAAUAAGCCCUUUUCAUUUGCU